AUACUGCAUCAUGACGAGACGACCUGAUUGAUAACCAAGUCCACCCGCUGCAGAAUAAACAAAGACCACUACGUUAUGUAUGUAGGCUAGGCUACUCUCACUCUGGUGUGUGCAACCUCACCUCGGUGGGCAAUGGCCGUGGGCACCCUCCUCGCCGCCCUCCUCCUCGCUGCCGCCCUCCUCGCCGCCCCAGCGCUCGCGCAGACGGUGCAGGUAUGGUCAUCAUGUUCCACAGCGAACUACAGCUCCGGGAGCGCCUACGCGACCAACCUCCGCGGCGUGCUCAGCGACGCGGUGGCCGCGGCCAGCCGCUCCCGCGACGGCUACGCCAGGGUCGACCGGCGCCCGCAGCAACCGGACGCGCCGUACGGCCUCGCCAUCUGCUACGCGGACGCGGGGCCGGCGGCGGUGUGCCGGCUCUGCCUGCGCAUGGCGGCCGGGAACGUGACGCUGGCGUGCCCGCGCGCGGCGGAGGCCGCCAUGCUGUACAACAACUGCCUGCUGCGGUACGUGGCCGCGGCGGCCGCGGGCGCCCUCGCGGAGCCGGACAUGGAGAAGCGGUUCGGCUUCUACAACCCGAACAUGACCAGCGCCGGCGACGCCGACCGGUACGGCGCCGCGCUCGGGCGGCUCGUAGACCGCCUCGCGCAGGCCGCCGCCGCCGGAGCCGGAUCGCCCGGGCGGCUGCUCGCGUUCGCGCAGACGAACGUCACCGGGGAGGAGAGCCUGUACGGGUUCGCGCAGUGCGUGCCGGACCUCUCGCCGGCCGGCUGCCGGCGCUGCCUCCGGAGCCUCGCCGCGUCGUUGCCCAUGACGAAAGGGGGGCGCGCCUACUCGCUAACAUGCUACACGAGGUUCGAGGUGGUGCCGUUCUACAUGCCCCCAAACACGACGAGGAUUCUCGUGGUGCCGCCGGAGACGGCGUCGCCGUCGUCGUCCCCCGCGCCAGAUUCUUCUUCCACAUCAGCUGCCAAGCGUAGCAAAUUGCGCAGAAGUGUGGCAUUAUCAGUUUCAAUUGUUGCAGCCCUUGUUUUGGUCAUGGCCUGCGUCAUUAUUUCUAUAAAGAUUCGAAGAAGUGGAAGAAUCCCAUUCCAAUCAAUGGUAGGAAAGCAGUACAACAAACCUGUGGACAAAAUCGAAGAAUUAUUGGGAAACUACGGUUCAAUGGCCCCCAAGAGAUACAAAUUCUCAUAUCUGAAGAAAAUAACCAAAACUUUUGCUGAGAAGCUAGGAGAAGGCGGCUAUGGCAUGGUAUACAAGGGCACCCUAUCUGAUGGCCACCCUGUUGCUGUCAAGUUCCUUCAUGACAUGAUUGGGAACGGUGAAGAGUUUGUAAACGAGGUCAUCAGCAUCAGGAGGACCUCCCAUGUGAAUGUUGUCACUCUGCUCGGUUUCUGUUUGGAGGGACCAAAGAGAGCUCUCGUAUAUGAUUACAUGUCUAAUGGGUCACUGGACAGGUUCAUCUACGCCGAUAACUCGAAAGAAACCCUUGGCUGGGACAAACUAUAUGAGAUCGCAGCAGGCAUCGCCAGAGGUUUGGAGUAUCUUCACCGUGGAUGCAACACCAGGAUCAUACAUUUCGAUGUCAAGCCCCAAAACAUCCUCCUUGACCAGGACUUCGUCCCGAAGAUCGCCGAUUUCGGACUGGCGAAGUUGUGCAAUCCCAAGGAGAGCUAUCUAUUGUCGAUGACUGGCUUGCGGGGGACGGUCGGGUUCAUUGCGCCAGAAGUAUUCUCAAGGCGAUUCGGGACCGUUUCGACAAAAUCAGAUGUAUACAGCUUCGGCAUGGUGCUCCUAGAGAUGGUCGGAGGAAGGAGAAACUUGAGAGCAAGUGUGGAGAGGGAAAGUGAGGUGUAUUUCCCCGACUGGGUUCACGACCAUCUCGCACAAUUUGGGAGUUUGCACUCGCUUGACUUGGGAUCAGGUGAAACUGAAGAGACUGCAAAGAAGAUGGCCUCUAUUGGGUUGUGGUGCAUACAAAUAUGGCCAGCAUCUCGCCCAACGAUGACCAAGGUUAUAGAAAUGUUUGACAGAAGUGCUGAUCAGCUCGAGAUACCGCCCAAGCAAUUCCUCUAUUCACAUAUAUCGGAUGACACAGGUCAACAACAGAACGAGACAAGUUCCUAUGAAGAAGGGAACUAGCUAGCAAGUUCAUCCGUAAGAUUUUUCGAGGUAAAAAGAGGAAGAAAUAAAUCGAACGAUGUCAGAAACAAUGCCCGUGGAAUCAAUCAAUUGCAUCCUCUGUUUUUUGAAA